UUGACAGUGAAGUUUCGUUCUUUCCUGUCGUUUGUUUGUCGGAAAAUUUAUUGACAAUAUGGAGCUGUUAAUUAGGCAAAGUGGAGUGAAGAACUUUAGCAUAAAUUAAGAUAAAUUAAUAAAUAUUGUCAAUGUUUAGUGAUACAUGUCUAAGUGAGGGGCCUUUAAAAUGGGAAAGCUGUUGUCAAAAAUUUUUGGCAACAAGGAGAUGAGGAUAUUGAUGUUGGGGUUGGAUGCUGCUGGAAAAACAACCAUUUUAUACAAAUUGAAGCUUGGGCAAUCAGUCACUACAAUACCAACUGUUGGAUUCAAUGUGGAAACAGUGACAUAUAAAAAUGUGAAGUUUAACGUUUGGGAUGUGGGUGGGCAAGACAAAAUUAGGCCACUUUGGCGCCACUACUACACAGGCACCCAAGGUCUAAUAUUUGUGGUGGACUGUGCUGACCGUGAUCGUAUUGAUGAGGCACGCCAAGAGUUACAUAGGAUUAUAAAUGAUCGUGAAAUGCGAGAUGCAAUAAUACUCAUAUUUGCCAAUAAACAAGAUCUACCUGAAGCUAUGAAACCCCAUGAAAUCCAAGAGAAAUUAGGCUUAACAAGAAUGAGAGACAGAAACUGGUAUGUCCAACCUGCUUGUGCAAUUACUGGUGAUGGUCUCUUCGAAGGCCUAACAUGGCUCACAAGCAAUCACAAAUUAUAGCACUCUUAUGUACUACAAUCUUACAAGUUUUUUAGUCAAGCUGAUGUUUCCUUCAAAAAGGUGAUAAAUUUAGAAUGCAGAACUGAAUAGUUUUAAUCUCCACAUUCCAGCUGCCUACAAGUACAUAUUAUUUAAUUUUAGGGCAGUGCACUCUUUCAGCCAUUCAGUGGUUGUGAAGUCUGGACCAGUGUUCUUAGUUUGUGCCUCUUGUUUUUUUUGUUGUACAUAAGUUAUUUUGUGAACACUUGAUGUUAUUAGUAUCUCUAAGUAGGUAUCUUAAAAAUUAUAUAUCUUUUGUAACAAAGCUUGAGAAUUUAUUUAUGUAUAUAUUCUUGAUAUUUUUUUUGCAACCAGUGCCCAUAAGUGUAUAGUAAUUGUAUUCUUAAAAAAUAUAUUGCUAAGCAGGGUUUAGUUUUAAGUCCUUUCAGGGCAGUGCAUCUUAAUCAAAUUAAUCAUGAAAUGUAUUGAAUUGCAUAUAUAAUAGGGUAGGUACAAGACAUUUGAAUUAAAUAAAAAAUUGACUAGAAUUGACCAGAAUGGACUUAUCUGUGCAACACCACAUAGGCAAUAUUGUUCUUUAAGGGUAAUUAAUUAAGUUAUAAUACACAUUAAUUUUUAUUGUUUCAUAUUGUAAAAUAUAUUGUUGCCCCUUAACUUGAAAGUUAUAAAUCAUUUUUAAGCAAAUUUUGCCUAAUAAGUAAGUAUUAUGAUUUGUAUUAUGUUAUGUUCGGAGGUUUGCACAAUCUCCAUUUAAAAGAUCAUUAUAGAUCAUGUUUAAUUGAAUUAAUUUGAAUAAAAGUAUAUCAAUUUUA